GUCCAAGUGGAUGAACGGCAACCAUGGAGGGGCUCUAUCACCAGACCUACAACGUUCCCCACCUCUGAUUAUGCUUUCUCUGCCUGUCUGCCUUCCUUUAGUUCUCUCCCUCCCCACCCGGCAGUGGCAGCUCCUCUUUUUUUGUGCAUGCACACACUGUUGCUGUCAGCACACCCCUCCUCUUCUGGAUCUAUCUCUGGUUCCUCUUUUUUAUGCUCCCCACCUUUCUCUGGUCCUUCCCCUGUUCCUUUCUCUUUUCUCUCUCCACCUCUGCCCAUUCCCAUAGAAUUGAGUGGCACAAUUUCUUCAUUCAUUUGCAUGGAGUAAGAGACGCUCCCCUGCUGAAAAUUGGCAUUGAGGGGAGUAGAAAGGCAAGUUCAUGAAGUCCAGUCAUACAUGGGCCGCCUAGAGACUUCAGAUAAGCAGUCAAUCCACUUGGUAGAAAAUGAAAUUCAAGCACGAAUAGACAGGAUCUUCAGCAACCUAGAACGGUUGGAAAUCUUUUGUAACAAGGAGCCUCCCAGCAAGCGGCAGAAUGCCAAACUCCGAGUUGACCAGUUGAAAUAUGACACCCAGCAUUUGCAGACAGCACUGAGAAACUUUCAGCAUCGACGCUAUGCACGGGAGCAGCAAGAGAGGCAGCGAGAGGAGCUUCUGGCCAGAACAUUCACGACUAACGAUUCUGACACCACCAUUCCGAUUGACGAAACAUUACAAUUUAAUGAAUCCCUUCAAAAUGCGCACCGUGGCAUGGAUGAUCUUCUUGGCAGCGGAACCAGCAUCCUACAGGUCCUGAGGGAUCAGAGAGUGACAUUAAAGGGCACUCACAAGAAAAUCAUGGAUGUUGCCAACAUGUUGGGCUUAUCCAAUACAGUCAUGCGCCUCAUUGAGAAACGUGCCUUCCAGGAUAAGUACUUCAUGAUUGGAGGCAUGCUUGUGACAUGCGUUUUUAUGUUCCUUGUGGUCCAGUAUCUGACGUGAGUGGUCAGAGAACUUGCCAGUGAACUGUGUUGGACUGACUUUCUUCAUAGACUUCCAGCUCAACUGUGAACCUCCUGAUUUCUGGAUUGGUCAUGAUUUCUGUUUGAUUCAUGUGAUGCUCAAGUUUGGUGGCAUAUAUGAGUUGUGGCACUUGGUGCUAAGUGGUACGUAUGAAACCACAUAAACAAUCCGAGUUAAUGUCAUUCUUCAGUCAUGUUGCCUAUCUGAUGUUCCAGUUUAGUGGACAACAUGGCUUGUGAUGUACAUGCGCUGCCCAUAUUUGUGGUCCCAUUCAUGGGGCCCUAGAACCCCAGUGUAAUCAUGAAGUCCUACAAGAAAAGUGCCCAGAUGAGCUGGCCCAUAAUAUCAAGGCUGUGGCUGUUCCAUAUAAGCCCGGUGAAAGCCAAAAGCAGCUGUACUUUACCAUAUUACGUAAUGGCUUUACUAUAACCCAGUGCUAGGAGGCAGGGAGAGCAUCUUGUUUUCCAUAAUGGUUGAAGUAAAUAGACAUCCUCAUAGAUUUUUUGCGGGGUAGCGAUGGAUAUUGUGUCUUGCCUUUUAUCUUGGAUAAGCAGAUAAUAAACACUGGUCUAAUUACAAGGAAGUAACUCACUUCCAAACAAGUCAUAGUAUGAAAUGUGUUCCGGGAUCUUGUGAUGGCUGGCUGGAAUGAAGCCCUGGAUGGGAAGAAUCUAGGGACAAGAAGUGGCGCAAUGUAUGUGUACAUACUUCUAGAAGAGGGAUAAUAUGUUGGUAAGAUCCUUGCAAAAUGUUACUUAGAAAAGCAUUUAUUGUAAUAAGGCCCAAGAGUCUACAGCAUCUCUGCGGUGUUUGUCCCAGUUAACAGACAAUGGCAUCCUGCAGAGCAGUGAAUUAAGUAUAUGCAUUGUUUUUUCUAGUCCUCACAGAUACAAAGGGAGGUAUAACAAAGUAAAGACAGAAUUUAAUGACCUUUGCAAAUGCAAUGUAUCAUCUCCGGGAUGGUUUUACAGGACUAUGACUACAAACCUAUGCACAUUCUACAAGGGAGUAAAUCCCAUUGAACACAAUGGACCAACUUCCUGGUUAACUGCAUAGCACUGUUCUGUAAACAUGCCCUCCCCCAACUUCUAGUAUCUCUUGAAUCCUAUUCAUUGCCUUCACUAUGCACAUAGUGAUAACUAGCUGUAGGGACCCUGUUUGCUUGGAGGGUUUCUUUUAGGUAGCUACAGUUAAAUGUGCACAAAAUGUUCCCCUUGAUGUAGACUCUGUAAACUGUAGGAAUCCUGAGGCAGCUAUUCUGUUCUAGCUACAAAAUCUUGCUGGAACUUUUCUGGUUGCAAAGUGCCUCACAGUCCCACUCAAGGCCGUUGCUUGAAGCCUUUCUUACUUCAAAUGCAUUAGCACUAGUUUUCUGCCUUUCCCUGAAAUAUACAUCAUCAUGUCACGUACAAAUUGCUAUCUGGGCCUGUUCCUUUAUAACUCCUUAUUUGAUUCUUGCUUCAUUCAUACUGAUAUGAAUAAUGUUUCAGUUGGUAUAAGCAGAUUAAAAGCACUUCCAAACUAGGCUAGGUAAAUAUUCAACUUAGCAAUUGUGAUAUCACUCUGCUUUUUGUUCUCUGGUAUUUUAAACAUAUACUUGCCUCCCCAAGUUGAAGUUCAUUUUCUUUCCUUUUCCUUGCCUGAAGUUGAGACGCUUGCUGAGACAUCCAUAGCUCUGGUGUCCUGCUGCACAUUCAUUUUAAGAUAGAAUCCCAACAAUGAGAGUGUCUGUGAUGCUGUUUUUGCUUUGUUUUUGUUUGGUUUUUCAGUUCCUAAUUCUCUAGAUUUUAGCUGUGUAGUGGUGGGCUGGGAGCAGGGGAAAAUACUAUGAGAAUAUGUGGACAGGUUCUGUAAAAUAUUAGGUAGUCCAAGAGUCUGGCAACCUAAACAAUAUUCUGCCAGACACAGACCUCUCUUCUUUGGAAGUACCCAGCUCUGUGCAACUUGCCUUCCACAGCCCCUGAUUAUGUAGGAUAGACUAAAAGGGGCUGCAGUGAUGUCAUGAGUAUAAACAUUCAAGUUGAUGCAGGGGGGCAGGAUUGGAUUUAAUUGACUCUUUUUAAAAAAGAAGUUUAACAGCCUGAUGAGAGCAAAGAGAGGAACUGGGCUUGUGAGCUACAUUCAGUGGAGUUGUGUAUAUGUGUGGUAGGAAGGGAUCCAAAAGCCAUGAAGUCCCACACAAUAACCCUCCUCACUCCCCUCAUCAGCCUAUGAAAGCCAGGGCACAGCAGACUAUUGGCCAAGACUGAGAUGUGAGAGAGAGAGAGCAAAUUGUUGGAGUGAGUCAAGCAGGAUAGUCAGCCUCUUGCUGACGAGGGCAAUAACCCAUCAAAGUCUAACUGCCACGUGGCCCAUAGGACAGUUCUUCCCUGACCAAGGUGGCCAAUCACGAGCUACAUACAUGACAUUUUAGUGGACUGGCACCCCAUAUUGCUGAACUUCUUAACCCAAGUGGAGAGUGGGUAGUCAUACGCCUUUUGACUUCAUUGGACCACAGUGGAGGUGCCAAAGUUGUAAUUUCAGGAAGUCCUUAAUAAAUGUUGUAGCUUGAACUUUGAGUUUAAUUCCAUAGAUACCUCAGGAACUUCUGGAUCUGUUAGUAUAGGAAAAAACCCAAUGAGCAAUGAGGCAAUUCCAUGUGGUUAAUUAUUUCCCCGUUUGGCUCUCUUCCAAUGUUUUCUAGGCUGUUGACGCCAUGGAAUUGACGUUUAUCAUGUGUAGUUUUAGGUUUAGAUGAUUUCAGAGUACAAAAGAAGGGAAUACCCUUCUUUUAAUGUUCGUUAAACACUGUGCUGGAGAUAAGAACUUCUCCAGCUUGCCUUGCUUCCUCUUCAAAUGGUUUAUUAGUUGCUUUUGUACUCAAGACUGUUAUACUCUCUAAAUAGUCUUUUGGUAAACUAGGUCUGCCCUCUAGUGGUGGCAAAUGACCUCAUUCACUGUGCUGAAAGCAUUUUAAUCCUAUGGCAGGGAUCCUAGCCUUUAUUCAUUGACAGAUUAUGCAUACUCAGACCUCCACAACUUCAGUCACAGGAUUGACAGUGGUGACCUGGCAUUUAUUUAUGUACUGGAGCAGGGAACGUACAACUGUAUGAGUAAAGUGGAGAAACUGACAACUUCUGAAAGUGCAGACUCUCUCUUUCAGAAUUAUGCCAUUGUCUUGUGCUGGGAUGCAGCCCUGUGAGCUGGAAGAGGGUACAGCUGCUGUACAUGCAUGGAUGUACACAUCCAGAGCCAUCUCCUGUUCACCCGUAAAACUAUCUUAGCAGGCAGUCGGUAUGAAAAGGGCAUUGUGUGCCAUUCUGAGUCAGAACAUAAGGAGGAUUUGCUUGGUAGAUCUGUAUGCUUGCAUAACAGUCUAAAGUUGCAUUUCAUUAAACCUUGUUGUGGAUGGAUCAUAGCACUAGAUAGAAACAAUUUCAAAGGCUUAUCAUGGUAACAGGAGAGUUGCCUUCAAUGUGAUACCAAAGGCCAAGGAUGCCAUUUUAGCUGUGUUUAAAAGGAGGAGUUUUGAAGUUGGCUGGAUGGAAGGAGAUGCGAAGGAAGAAGGGCCAUUGUAUCAACCCUGCUGAAAGACCUCAGUAAUAAAGGUUUUUCACCUGAGCUGUAACCACUAGCAGUCAUCCCAACAAGCUGUACAGAGAGAAUGGGGCCAGUCCACCAGUCCUGCUGGUGAAAGAAAAGUUUCCCUCUCCCCCCCCCCCCAUCCCAAUUCCCUUUUCCUUGUGUGUCAUGUCUUUUUAGAUUGUAAGCCUGCAGGCAGGGGCUGUCUUGUUUAACUGAUUAUAUGUAAGCUGCUCUUGGAACUCUUGGAGCCUUUUGGCUCAUGAGGGGCAUAACAGUAUUUCAGAUUAAAUAAAUAUAGGGUAAAUUAAAAC